AUGUUGCAACUUGCAUGCCAUGUCAGCGCACACGAAUCAGGCCAGUGCCCAGAACCAGCCAGAAUCCUUGAGACACGGCCGGUCGCUAAGACGACCCGCGGGCGCCUAACGGGCGCUAGAAUCCACCGCGCUCUCGUCGGCGCCUCUCACUGGGCCCCAAGCGGCCAUAAGACCCGUUCAGGCCCAUCCCACCCGUUUGAGAACGAGCCAGAGUCUGCGCCGCAGUGGUCGAAGAGGGGAAAUGGAGGGUCAUACUGGAUCAGGAGAAGCUGUCGCCGCACAAAUACUAAAUACAGAAUGGAAGACCGACCCCCCCAUCGCCCGUUGACGAGCCUCGGUACCAAACUCUCCUCCUCCAGCUCCUUCAACAUGGCGCAUCAAGACUCGAAGCUCUUCCAGCCUCUGGCUAUUGCCAAUGGCAAAAUCACCCUAAAACACCGGAUCAUCCAUGCCCCAAUGACCCGCAAUCGCGGGGUGCCUGCGAGCCCCGUCAGCACCCCCGAGAAGCCCAACCGCGUCUGGUAUCCCGGCGACCUGAUUGUCGACUACUACAGCCAGCGGGCUACCGAUGGAGGACUGAUCAUCUCAGAGGGCAUCCCUCCGUCGCUCGAGAGCAAUGGAAUGCCCGGUGUCCCCGGCCUCUUCAACGCCCAGCAAACCGCCGGCUGGAAACGAGUCGUCGACGGCGUCCACGAGAAGGGAGGCUACAUCUACGCCCAGCUCUGGCACGCAGGCCGUGCCACUAUCCCCCAGAUGACCGGCUCGCCCGCUGUCUCCGCCUCUGCUACCGUCUGGGACUCCCCGACUGAAGGCUACUCGCACCCCCCCGUCGGCGCAACCGAACAAGUCCCUUACUCCGCGCAUCCUCCUAUCGAGCUCACGGUCGAGCACAUCAAGCGCACAAUCGAGGACUACUGCCAGGCAGCCAGGGCAGCCAUCGAAGCGGGAUUCGACGGGAUCGAGCUGCACGGCGGAAACGGAUAUCUCCCAGAGCAGUUCCUCAGCUCGAACAUCAACAAGCGCACGGACGAGUACGGCGGCUCGCCUGAGAAACGGUGUCGCUUCGUCCUCGAGCUCAUGGACGAGCUGGCCAAGACAGUCGGCGAGGAGAACCUGGCCAUCCGCCUCUCGCCCUUUGGUCUGUUCAACCAGGCCCGCGGCGAGCAGCGCCUUGAGACGUGGUCGCAUCUCUCCAAGGAGCUGAAGCGCACGCACCCCAAUCUCUCCUACGUGAGCUUCAUUGAACCACGCUACGAGCAAAUCUUCAGCUACGAAGAGAAGGACACCUUCCUAAGCAGCUGGGGCCUCACAAACGUCGAUCUAAGCAGAUUCCGCGAGAUCUUCGGAUCCACGCCCUUCUUCUCCGGCGGCGGCUGGAACCAGGACAACUCAUGGGGCGUUCUCGAGUCUGGCCAGUACGACGCUUUGCUGUACGGACGGUACUACACCAGCAACCCAGACUUGGUUGAGCGCCUGAGAACCGAUACUCCGUUUGCACCGUACGAGCGCAGCCGCUUCUACGGGCCCUUCGAGGAUAACAAGAUCCGCUACGUGGAUUAUCCUCCUGCGACGGGGCAUACCAGUAUUAACAUUGCGGUGGAGUAG